CAGGCGGCCCGAGCCUAGGCGGAGCCGCUGCUGGGCGCCGGGCGGGCCACACCCCGGGAGGGCCGGCCCGAGAGAGCGCGGAGCGCAGCCCGGCAUGGACACCUGAGACGGGGCCCAGCCGCUCGGCUCCCCGGAGAGCCCCCGCGGGAGGAUGGGACCCGCCGCGGGAGGUCACGAGCUGUGGACCUUCAUACUGUGGGGUGGGCUGCUGCUGGCCGCGCGACUUGCUCUAGGAACUGUGGAAGAAGCCUGCAACUGCAGUACAGUCAUGGCCUUCUCUGAUUUUCAGGCCGCUCCAGCCCUCCAGACAUGCUGUUUGAACUUCACCUGGAUUGAAAUUCGCUCCCUAGACUGGAGCCUCUUUGGUGGAGUAACAGGCCUGAGAGAGAUAUACCUCUCACACUGCGGCAUACUGGACAUUGUCAAUGCGCCCGGGGCACCCAUCAUGCUGGAGAUCUUGCACUUGGAUCACAAUCGGUUGGAAAAGCUUCCAGAAAGCUUCCUAGAAGACGCCCCCCGAUUGAGGGUUCUUCGCUUGGACAGCAACAAGCUUCACAAGCUGCCCAAAUCCUUCCUGAGAGCUUCCACCCAAAUCCAAGAGGUUAACCUUGGCUUCAAUGAGUUGGCCUCCCUUCCCUCCAGUGUCUUUAAGCCAUCUCUCACCAAGCUCGGCCUCUCCAACAAUAGCUGGGAUUGCACCUGCACCUUGUUCAGUGACCUGGAGAAGUAUCCCCGAGAGCCACCCAGCGGGGACAUGCAGGGCUCUGUCAUGGUGUGCAGCACCCCUGAGCGUUACCGCAGCAUGGACAUCCGAGACAUCGGUAAGAAGGAGCUCUGCCGGGCACACAGCUUGACCGCCCUCUUCAUCUGCCUGCCCCUGGUGGUCAUUUUAGCCCUGGUCGCCUGGUGCUUUUGCAGGCAGAAGAGAAAGACGGGCUAUGGCCUCAGCUGCAGUCCGGAGUGCCACCUGGCCACAACGGAGAGGAACGGUGGCAAGGGGCUGGCAGAGCAUCACCACUACAUCCAGUGUGAGCUGCCCACUGCCCCCACCGAGAGCGAGAAGAACAUGCUGCUGAGGAACCAGAUCCUGCUGAAGCCUUCCACCGCCCUGCUGGGGAGCAACAGGGACCUAUACGAAGAGGUGGAAAUCAAGCUAGGGGCCUUGGACGAUUCCUUGGUGCUGGUCAACGAUGGGAGCCUCGACCUGGAGACGGGCCCUGAGGGGGCACCCCCGGUGGUGGCAGCAGCAGAAGAACUGGCGGGCAGCGAGCUGGAAGCAGAGACGGUGAGCGUGACGGACGUGCUGAAGGACUCGGUGGACCGAGAGAAGCUCUACAUGAGCCAGGCAGUGGAUUAUUACAACCUGGUGCCUGCCAUCGAGCUGGAGGACUCCGACCACCAGGAGUACGAGAACGUUGACUUGCACUGAGGCUUGGCCACUGAAGUGUCCUGGGAACCUGGGGCCAUAUCUUGCCCUUGCUGACAUCCUGCGCACUCCCGGGGGUGGGAGGCGAUGGGAGCUAGCGCAGGAUGCCGCUAGAAGGCAGUGAAUGGAUAUCUUGUCAGUCAAAUGACCGUUGUCAUGUCGAUCCAUUGGACUGGAGCGAGAGCAAUUGCACGAGGUAUAAAUGUCUGGAAAUGACUCCGGCUGGCUCAUUGCAGAGGGGGACGUGCUGCCUUCCAAAUUCCCACCCCCUCCACCACUCAAACCCCCUUUGACUCUCACGGUCCGGUCUUCCCACACACUCCCCCCAGGCAGGAGUAUAUAACACUGUCUGUCCCAAAUGCAGAACCUGAGUCUCACCACCCCAUCGUAGGCUCCCACGGCCACCCACAACUGGCAGUCAGGGGCCAGCCGUCCUUAGCAGGGCUUCAUGCUGCUCCCUGAAUGCCCUGGAAAACAACAGGGGUUCAGGUCAGGAAACUAUCCGACCCUCUCCGGCGCAGCGCGAUUCCCCUCCUCCUGCCGAGGGGGUCGGCACCGCGGUGGCUGCGUGUCCCGCUCCUGCCAGCCCGGGCAUGCAGUGGAGGGAGCGUGUAGGGGAGUUGCUGCACCUCUUGCUCCACCGUGCGUGCACCGAGCAGGGGGCACAGAGCCAUCGGGGCACAGAGCCGUCAGCGCGACCCUGCAGGCAGGAGGCAGCCAGAGACGGGUCGUGGGCAUGGGGAGUGGGAAGCCCCAAGAAUGAGGUGGUGGUCCUGACACGAAUUGGGUCUGAAAAAGGCUCAGGUUGGGUUUUGGUGUCCCUCAGGCUUGAAAAUUAGCCCCAAGCAGGCCUCUGCCACUCUCCCACCCCUGGCCUGGUUCUGCUCCUGCCUUCAGGGUGCAGGUCGGGAAUAUCUCCAUCAAAGUCACUGGGGUAACGUGGGUGCAAAACCGGCAUGAGUGGGAGGAGACUCAGGCCCUGGAAAUCCAAGGCUGCUCUGCUGGGGACAGGGCAGGGUCACUGGGGGAAGAGGAGGGACCCAAUGGUGAGGUGUCCUCGCGGCCCAUGCUGUCCAGAGAUGGGCUGUGCCUCUUCAGAGAGUCCCUGCAUUUCCCUGCAGGGCAGAGAGGGGACCGGCCACAGCUCCUGGUACCCCAAACCCAACGGCGCUAAUGACGACCAGUGCCCUGGGACACGAGGGCAGCAGCAGAGCUGAGCUCCCAGCUCCUUGCCCCUUAACAUCUGGGAGGAGAGUCAUUUAUUGCUGCAGGGACGUACAACACUGGGACGACGCAAAGCAGAACAGGCCAGCUCCCCUCUCCUCUUGGCUCAGGCUAAGGAGCUCAGGAUCUGGCCCUGCGUGUGUUGUUUAUGAGGCAGCCUGUCACCACGCCCGCCCUGCUGCCGCAAGAGUCACUGACAUCAGCCCCUCGUCCUGUGGCUCCAGGGCUCCCUAGGCCUGAGUGUGGCAGGGGUGUGGGCUGGUGGCUGGAGCACAGGAGUGGAAGCCAGGAACGCCACAUUCUAAUUCCUCUUCUGCCACUUCCUGUCUGGGUGGCUGUGGACACAUCUGCUCUUCUCUGUGCCCCUAGCUGCCCUGUGGGGUAAAGCUGACCUGGCCCCCGGGGCUGGGAGGCUUCAUUCAGCGUGCAGAGCGCAGCCUGAGCUGAGAAAUGCUGAGAUAAGCAGGUUUUGCAGCUGGUCGACCCUACUGCUGGGCCAUGCGGGUGUUGGCCUCGGACAAGGGCCAGAUCCAGCCACAACCACCUAGUCCCCAAACCCUUGUCUGGCCUCUCUGGCUCAUGUUCCCAGCGGCCCCAGUGCAGAGCUGUGUUAGGCUAUGGGGGGAGGCAGGCGGCUGGUGAGGGGCAUUUUAUCCUUGUUGGAGUAAUGAGGAUCUCCUGGUUUUCCUCCUUUGAACCCCAGCCUCAUGCCCACCCACUCCUCGCUGUCACUUCCUUCCCGCCAGCUGUGGGGGACUCAAUGGGAUGGGAUUGCCACUGCCCUGGAACCAGCCAGAGGUAUGCCCAGAGCUCCCGCCCUGCCCCAGGCACUGAACGUGGGUGCAGGGUGCAGCCCUCGCCUGCCAGGACAGCCAUGAACCGAUCCUGCCUGCAGCCAGCUGGCAUGCUGCUGGAGCCAGGGCAAGCCAGCAAAGGGGACCCCUCCCCACGGGCCACAGGCAAAGCAGCUGAGGAUGAAGGAUGGUUUUAUGAGCAGCCAUAAUAGCUUCAACCCGAGGCUGACUUUUCCAGGAGAUCGACUCCGCAGCUUAUCUUUAUGAGGCCCGUGAUGCUGUAACAGCCACGGCCCCUGCCGUGGUGCUGUGGAAUCCUCCUGCCUUUCCCAGGGGAGUAUGUGGAGGAUCCCUGUUUCCACUCGGGCCAGCCCACGGCGCUCUGUGCAGGGCAGUGUCUAGAGCCAGGCAGAGGCUUUCACAGUGGGUUCGGCCUCGCAGGGGACACAGCAUCAGCAGUGUCUGUGUAUCCCUCCCACCGCUGUGGACUUCUCCUGGGCUGCCCAGCACAGCCCCACCCUGCAGUGGGUGAUUUGCACCCUUUGCACAGGGAAGCUGUCACCAGAGCACGCCGGCUGUAAAUAAGGGCUAUUUACUGCCCUCUCCUCUGAGCUGGGCUCCAGUGGGAAAAAGGAGAAGGGAGGAGAGGGGUUGUAAAUCAUCCCCUACCCGGUGCAGGGCCAAGGCAGAGUUUAA